AUGGAUGAGGCUGAGCUCUCUUUUGGGAUCAUGAUGCUAUUUCAGAUCAGCAUCGGGGUCUCCGGGAAUGUCUUCCUCUUCCUGUUUUAUAGCCACAUGACCUCUAUCAGUCACAAACCCAGUUCCUCAGACCUGAUCCUCGCCCACCUGGCCUUAGCUAAUACCAUAACCCUUCUCAUCAGGGGAAUCCCAGACACCUUGUUUGUUUGGGGGCUGAGAAAUUUCCUGGACACUGCUGGGUGCAAAAUGGUAUUUUACCUCUACCGAGUGUGCCGGGGUCUUACCAUCUGCACCACCUGCCUCCUAAGCAUCUUCCAGGCCAUCACCAUCAGCCCCAGCACUUCCUGGUGGGCAGGAAGAAAAACUAAAUUACCCAAAUGUAUCCUUCCCUCCUUUGUCAUCUUCUGGAUUCUCAAUAUGCUGAUUGAUUUUCAUACGCUGAUAGUUGUGACAGGCCCCCAUAAUGCUCGCAUCCACCAGGACAUGAAAUAUUGUUCUCUAGGCAAUGCCAGUGCACGAGCUACCUUGAUAUUUUCCGUUGUACUCUCCCUGCGAGACCUGUUCUUCGUGGGGCUCAUGAGCGUGGCCAGUGUCUACAUGGUGUUUGUCCUGUACAGCCACCACCGGCAGGUUCGACACCUCCACAGGCCCGGUCGCUCCCCCGGGGUGAUGCCCGAGGUCCGAGCGGCCAAGAGAGUCAUCUCCUUGGUCACCCUCUACGUCUUCCUCUAUGGGCGACAGACAGUCAUGCUGGCCGCUAUGCUAAAUGUGAAACAGAAUUCCCCUCUGCUGGUGGACUGUCACAUGCUAUUGUCAUUCACUUUCUCAGCCAUCAGUCCCUUUCUGAUUAUCCACAGUGAUGGGAGAAUAAGAAUACUCUGGAAAACGGAAUCUCCUGCUUCUAACCUGAAUCCCUCAUAG